AUGGCGACGCUGCAGGGCGGGCUGCUGGAGCGAGACCCCGGGCCGCUGAGUCCAGCGCAGCUGGAGCAGCUGCGAAACUUCAAGGUUCAGACUCGGAUUGCUAACGAAAAGUAUCUAAGGACUCACAAAGAAGUAGAGUUGCUCAUAGGUAGUUUUUUCAGAGAAGUGUUUUUGAAAAGACCAGACAACAUCCCAGAAUUUGCUGCAGACUACUUCACGGAUCCAAGACUUCCCAACAAGAUUCACAUGCAGCUAAUUAAAGACAAGAACGUGGCUUAA